UCCCUUGCAGUAGCCAUCAUGAAAAAUAUUGUAGUUGUCACUGUUUGGAUCUUCAUCAGCCUCAUCAGUGGGGUUUUGGUUUCCACACACUUCAAAAAUCCAGUGUUUUAUGAGAAUCCCCGUUACAUUCUGUUCACUCACAUGGUCAUCAAUGACAUGUUCCAGUUGACCCUGGCAGUAAUUCUAUACGUUAUUAGUUAUGUAUUUUACACAAUAAAGGUUUAUUUUUGCUGUUUUCUCAUACUGCUGGCUUUGUUUGCCACUAUGGUCACCCCACUAAACCUUGCCGCUAUGGCUGUUGAACGCUACAUUGCCAUCUGCAAUCCCCUGCAUCACCCUCAGAUUUGCACAGUCAAACGGACUCACCUGCUCAUUGGGCUAAUUUGGGUGGCCGCCGUCAGUCCUUUUAUUCCGGACUUUUUUGUAACUCUGGCAAUAGAGCCUGUCAGUUUCUUUCAGUCCUCUAUGUUUUGCCAUCCAGUUAAUGUUUUUAAAGCCCCUUAUUUACUGUACAAAAGACCCAUAAUAGAUGCAUUGUUUUUCUGUUUUGUCACCUUGACUCUACUUUACACUUACAUAAAAAUAGUGCUUGAAGCUAAGGGAGCAACCUCUGACAAAUCCUCUGCCACUAAAGCUCACAACACAAUCCUGCUUCACGGCUUUCAGCUUCUCAUGUGCUUACUUACAUAUGUAAUCUACCCUGUUGAGACUGUUCUCUUAUACAUAUUUCCAGACCGAAUCCCAGAUGUCCGUUACUCAACUUAUCUGACUGUAUAUAUUUUACCAAGGUUCCUCAGUCCUAUCAUCUAUGGUGUGCGAGACACAGCAUUUAGAAGACAUUUGAAAAAAUACCACUUGUGUCAUGCAAAAAGGCCUAAGAUGAAGACAAUGAGUUGUAUGAGGUGA